UUUAUUUAACACUUUACAAAAGUAGUUUACGAUUCAGUUAGCAUCCCAGGCUAGCCUCGGGAGUUCCUGUAGUAGUUUAGCUCACUAAGCCCCGCCUUCGCUUUAUUCUCAUUGGCCGGGAGUUGCUGGACUCAUGUGUCGUCACCGUGCUGGACGGACGCGAUUGGCCGCGCGAGUCGGUCACUCGUCUUUUCACCACUUGUUGCUAGGGAGAUUGUUUGAUGCUAACGGAAGUAGUAGGUAGUCCCCCCCCCACUAAAAACACAAAUACAGGAGGUUAGCUGUCACUUUUUCAGGGCAAACAGCUGAUCGGCUGUUUUAUUAACGCGUAUUUAAAGUCUAAACUCAAAGGUAGCUGUCAUAAUAAGGACGCGGAGCGGAGGGAGGGACCGUGCCCGCCCGCCUAACGCUGCCGUCGGUGCCUGUGCUAGCCAGCCGGAGCUUUCUCGACUCUCUCAUUCACCUUCAGCAGCCACCCACGAGAAGUAGUUGUCCUGACGAAGGGUGGGGUGAUGCCUCACAGCUCCGUGUUCAUCAUCUCUUCUUCUGGAAACAUGCGAUCACUCCUUCUUCUCCUUCUUCUCUAGUCUCUUUUCUGAGAGGAUGGAGUGUUUGCAUCCUUUUUUAUUUUUGUGUUCGUUACCAUGUGCUUAAUUCAAACGUAGGACCGGGAGGAUGAGAAACCUAUGAAGAACAAAGCCCUGAGCACAAACUGGACUCUGUCAGAGUGGAAACCCCGUCUCGGAUCUUACAUGCCUUCCUCCUGAAGACCCCUCGCCUCCCCCUCGCUGGUCUUUAACCACUUUUUUUUUUUUUUCAUGUAUACGCGCGCGGAAGCAUCGAUCCGAGGUAGUCGGCCCCGUUUUUGUUUUUAUUUUUUACUUUCACCUUUUGUUCCGUUGUAAAGAAAUGCUUUACCUGAAAAAGUACUUCACAGAGGGCCUGAUUCAGUUCACCAUCCUUCUGAGUCUCAUUGGGGUGCGGGUGGACGUUGACACCUAUCUAAGCAAUCAGCUGCCCCCACUGAGAGAGAUCAUCCUGGGCCCUAGCUCAGCCUACACCCAGACACAGUUUCACAACCUGCGCAACACGCUGGACGGCUAUGGCAUCCAUCCAAAGAGUGUGGACCUCGACCAUUUCUUCACCACUCGACGGCUGCUGAACCAGGUGCGCCAGCUGGAUCGCCUCUCCGUGCCCAGUACCGAGCUCAACACCUGGCUAGUGCAUCGUGACUCUGAGACUGUGGUGUCCACCAGCAGCCAGUCCAGCAUCACCCUGGACAAUGGGGCCGGCCUAGAGGACGUUAACAACCCUGACGCUACCCCGGCCAUGAGGGGAGGAAGCGGAGCACCUGAAUCCACGUACAACCUGAACACAGCGGACAGCAGCCUGGGAGCUGUGGCCCCCGAGGGCAACCAGGAGCAAGGCAGCAGGGAUGGCAACGAUGACCUCACCAAAGAGGACAUUGACCUGAUUGACAUCCUAUGGCGACAGGACAUCGACCUUGGCGCAGGAAGAGAAGUGUUCAACUACAGCAACCGUCAGAAGGAGAGCGAGGAGGAGAAGCCCAGCCCGCAUGAAAACAAAGACAGGAAUGAGGAACAGGAGAGCUGGAGAAAUGGAGUAAACUUACAAGGAGCUCAGCCGGUGGAUGGGGAGACGGGAGAGAGCAUUCCAGAGCAGCUCCCGGGUAUCGGCUCACAGACUUCACUGUCUCUACAGGAAUGCUUGAGGCUGUUAGAGGCCACGUUCCCUUUCGGAGAAGAGUCUGAGUUUCCAGCGCCGGUCGUCACCCCGGAAAUAGUCUCCAAUGAAGAAGCUCCGUCUACGUCUCAGGGCCUUCCUCUAGCACCACAGCUGCCCCCAGCAGAGCCGCAGUUAGACCUGGAGCAGCAGUGGCAAGAUAUAAUGGCCAUCAUGGAGCUACAAGCGAUGGAAGUGAACAACACUUCGCUCCAGUCCAACUCCAGCAGUGUCGACGGCACAAGUGGGACAACCGAGUCGAACCCAGGGGGGAACUUUGAACUUUCUACUGGCUCCACACCGGUAAACCAGGAUGUCAGCCUUCACCAGGCCUCCCUCCCCAGCUGCAGCCAAGACUUCCCCCAGAUGUUCAAUCCCCAGUUGGACUCUAUCAGCAUCACCCCGAGAACCACCAUGCCCAGACUUUCUUCCAGCAACUCCAGCAACAUCAACUCCACGUUCGGAGCCACUAACCUGACCGGGAUCUUUCUCCCGCCACACAUCAACAGUUCUAGUAACAACAUAACAUCCACGCCUAUCCUGCCCGACCCGUUCAGCACCCUGCUGGAGGAGUCCAUGCUCGAUGAGAUCAGCCUGCUGGACCUCGCCAUGGAGGAGGGCUUCAGCCAGGCGCAAGCUUCCCAGUUGGAGGAUGAGCUUGAUUCAGAUUCUGGUCUUUCUUUGGACUCCAGCCACAGCCCAGCCUCCCCGAGCAGCUCCGAGACAUCCUGCUCUUCUGCAGCGUCUUCCUCGUCAACGUCCGCCACCUUCUCGGAGGAGGGAGCUGUGGGGUACAGCACCGACUCCGAGGUUGCCACCGCGGAGACGGAGGAGGGUGCUGUCGGAGGCUAUCAGCCUGGGUAUAGUAAGCUCUGCCGUAUGAGCUAUCAGGACCCCUCCCAGUUCCAUGGCCUCCCUCAGCUCGACGGCAUCAGCCACAAUCAUACGUACAACCUGCCACUUUCCUCCGCCUUCUCCGAGCACCCAGAGCUCCCCAUCUCAACCGGGAAGAAGACUGUCCGCGACAAGCAGCACUCGAAGCUUCAGCCUCAUCAGGACUUGCUCGACAAGCACGCAAGCCGCGACGAACGCCGCGCCCGGGCCAUGAAGAUCCCGUUCUCCAACGAAAAGAUCAUCAACCUGCCCGUCGAAGAGUUCAACGAGCUUCUAGCCAAGCACCACCUGAGCGAAGCCCAGCUGGCCCUCAUCCGCGACAUCCGCAGGCGCGGCAAGAACAAGAUGGCGGCGCAGAACUGCCGCAAGCGCAAGCUGGACACCAUCAUCAACCUGGAGCAGGGAGUCCAAGACCUGAGGCGCGACAAGGCCCGCCUGCUGAAGGAGAAGAUGGAGUUCAUCCGCUCCCUCCGGCAGAUGAAGCAGAAGAUGCAAAGCCUCUACCAAGAGGUGUUCACUCAGCUACGGGACGAGGAGGGCCGGCCCUAUCCUCCCAGCGAGUACUCGCUGCAGUACAGCGCCGACGGCAGCGUGCUGAUCAUGCCCCGCGGCGUGACGACUGCCGAGCAGAACCGUAAGCCCGAGAAAAAACAAAAAGACAAAAAGAAGUGAGGGCGGCAGAACUGCUGUUUAUUCUAUAACUUUGCUAAAUCAAUAAGAAAGAUUUCUGCAGAUGCAAGAGAGAUGUCCUUUUUUCCUUUAAGAAGAUUCUGGUGAGUAGAAAAAUGGCAUUGUUGACUACUCUUCCUGCAUUAGUUUCUCCCUUUUCAUUCUGUUCCUACAUUAUUUUCCCGGAAACGACUUUGAAGCAGAAGUAGCUCUUCGUUUGAGUACUGAUAUUUCAUUAUUUAGACGGGGGAAAACGAUUAAGCAAGGAGAGGAGGAGGGAUAUAAAAGGACACAAAACGAGCUAUUAGAAAAAUUUUAGCUGCUCUGGAUCCUUUUUGCACCAAAACCACUGAGGACGGAGAAGAUUCGUAGGGUGAAACAAAGGGACUGGCGUGGAGAGUUAAAGAACACUGUCGCUGUUGGAAUACCUAUGCACGGAAGGAUUUAAAGGACUGGUCCGAUCACACCCCCACCCUGGAGACUUCCGGUGAUUCUCACGGUCACUGAGGCUUUUAAGUUGCAAAUCUUCAGGCGAAGAACGUCGUCUACGAGUUGUGAGAGAGUUUAGAUACCAAAGGUUCAAGAAAGUCCAUCAUUUUAGGAUGCCAUUAACACCUUUACUAACCAAAGGUUGUAUGGUGCACAUCACUCGACCCGAACACAUCUUAAACGCUCAAGCGCUGCACUCUAACCCUGUAGGUUUGUAUCGCAAAUUUGCAGUUUUCGAGUCAGUUUUUUGUCGGUCGCAUCCGAGUUUUAGAAGAGAAACGGAGAGAGAGCGAGAGCGAGGGGGGGUUUGAUAAUGUGGAAGGAGGAUGUUGAGACGAGAAGGAGUCAGAGGCUGAGUGUUCCCGGGCUGGCCACUGCUGAAAGAGGCCCGGAGGUGAAGUCCUGCAAGAGGAGCAGAUGGAUGUUUUUAGGGAGGAGGCACACUGCAUUGCUAAAUGUAUCAACUUCCUUAUAAAUUACACAUAGCACUGUAAUUUGUCUUUAAAAAGGCUUGGCUAUAUGCAUUUUGCCGUGUCUGUCGCUAUUCCUUCGCUGCAGGUUUAAAUACGGGAGCUGCGUUUAGGAAGGCUCUUAUUAACUGUUCAUAAUCUGUAGUAUAAGCAAGGUUAUAGGUCUAGCCACAUCAGCUUUAUGUGAAAGUCUACACCCUUUUUAUUUUUUUAUUUGUUCAACUUUAACUUCACGCGGAGCCUGUAAUCACAAGAGGAAUUCAAGAUACUGUGAUCAGCCGGGAGCUGACGGAGAGAGGCCGUCACAGAUCGAGCCUCCACGUUAUUCGGACGCCUCGUUCAACACGUCAGCUUCAGAAACAGGCUCGGUCGUCGCCGUGGUGUAAGCGAUCUCCCGUCGAAGUAACUCAUUUGCCAACGUUUCCCAACACCAACGCCACCGGAGGCAAUUUUUUUUUUAAACUGCUGUAAAAGCCGAAGCUUUGGCUUAAAUACUACAAAUCCAACGUUUUGUUUUUGUUUUACGUUUUUGUGUCGAUGACAAAGUGAGCCAAAUUAUUACACGAGAUGAAAAACAAAAGAAGUUAUUUGAACGUGUGACAUGACGGCGUGUGUUGUGGCCACUUUGACUUGAACGCCUUUUUUAUUUCACGGUGAUCUCGUCACCUUCACGUUAAACGUUUUGAGAGCGCGAGAGAGAGAUUCUCGAAGUAGAAGUGCUAUUACUCUGUCUGUUGGAGCGAGGUCUGUCAGUACGUGUUAACAUCACCCUCCUUUUUUUAAAAACCAGAAAACAGAAAAUAGGUCAGUCGUUGCAGCUGAGAUAGCACUUUAGGCUAGAAUAUUUACAAGAGGCUGAAAUAGAACUCGCAACAUUAAGAUGAUGUCCAAAAAAAAUAGUUUUGAAAGGAGAAAUUUGUCCUCAUUAAAUGUGAUAUUCAGGCAUGAAACUCUGGUUAACAUUCACUUCAGUGUAACCCAGUGAGACACAGACUAUUUAGUACUGCUACUACUUAGUGCACUUUCUUUUUUUUUUGUUUUGUCGUCGUCUGUCUCGUUCUGUAAAUAUUUUCAUGUUUGUGUUCGUCAUGAUUUUAUGUAGUUUGUCCCAAAACAAAAAACAAAACAAAAAAAAUAUGUCUCCAUAACAGUCUCACCCUCUGCUUUGAGUUUGGAUGUAGUUCCCUCUGUUUUGAGAUAUUUGCUGGCAAUCAAGAGUUGUUUUUAUUGAUUAAUAAAGUGUUUUUAUUUUCA